AAACAACUCUUCUACUAAAAGUCUCUGCCCAAGUACAGAAACCAAGCUGAGGCUUAAGCUUUUUCCUGGAUUUCUCUCUUUCUCUCUGCUAAAUCAAUGGCGGCCACUGUUCAUUCACUUUUACUUCAAAACCCAAAUCAUUCCUCCACCAUUUUGAAAAACCCCUAUUCCAAUAUAGCCUUCCCUUCCCAGAGUGUGAACUUCAUGACCCCAACCCGUUCGAACAAGUCCCUCUGCAUCACCUGCACCACUCAAGUGCAAGAUCUCUCCACCACGGCCCCUGCAUCCCAGUCACAAGAUCGUGUCUUCAACUUCGCUGCCGGUCCGGCGACUCUUCCCGAAAACGUGUUAAAGAAAGCUGAGUCGGAGCUCUACAACUGGCGGGGUUGUGGUAUGAGCGUUAUGGAAAUGAGCCACAGAGGUAAAGAGUUUCUUUCUAUUAUUCAGAAGGCAGAGGCAGAUCUGCGCGCUCUCCUGAAUAUUCCGGAAGAGUACGCGGUGUUGUUCUUGCAAGGCGGUGCCACCACCCAGUUCGCUGCGGUUCCGUUGAAUCUGUGUAAACCAGAAGAUCCGGUUGAUUAUUUGGUUACUGGGUCUUGGGGAGACAAGGCUUUUAAGGAAGCUCAGAAGUUCUGCAAAUCCAAUGUUAUUUGGUCUGGGAAAUCCGACAAGUAUACGAAGAUCCCUUCUUUUGAUGAGUUGGAACAGAACCCAGAUGCCAAGUAUUUGCAUAUUUGUGCCAAUGAGACGAUUCAUGGAGUUGAGUUCAAAGAAUAUCCAACCCCCAAGAACAAAGACAGGAUCUUGGUUGCUGAUAUGUCUUCUAAUUUCUGCUCGAAGCCCGUCGACGUUUCGAAAUUCGGUAUCAUUUAUGCUGGAGCACAGAAGAACGUCGGUCCAUCUGGGGUCACCGUAGUGAUUAUCAGGAAGGAUCUGAUCGGAAAUGCCCAACCCAUCACGCCUGUGAUGCUUGACUACAAGAUCCAUGCCGAGAACAAUUCUCUUUACAACACCCCGCCUUGUUAUGGAAUCUAUAUGUGCGGUCUCGUCUUUGAAGAUUUGUUGGCACAGGGUGGUUUGGUGGAGAUUGAGAAGAAGAAUAAGAAGAAGGCAGAGAUUCUAUAUCAAACCAUUGAUGAGAGUGGCGGUUUCUACAGAUGCCCAGUUGAUAAAUCGGUUAGAUCGUUGAUGAAUGUUCCGUUUACCCUUGAGAAGUCAGAUCUUGAAGCAGAGUUCAUUAAGGAGGCAGCCAAGGAGAAGAUGGUCCAGCUCAAGGGUCACAGGUCUGUCGGCGGGAUGCGGGCCUCCAUCUACAAUGCGAUGCCAUUGGCAGGGGUUGAGAAAUUGGUUGCUUUCAUGAAGGAUUUCCAAGCAAGGCAUGCAUGAUGCAGCUAUAUACCUCAAUCUAGUCCAGAAUAUCAUGCUAUGAGCUGAUUUUUGUUGUUGUUUUGUUUGUUCUUCUUUUCAUCUUCUCUGUUGCACUUCAAUCUAGUCCAGAAUAUCAUGCUAUGAGCUCAUUUUCAGUCAGAUUUUGUUAUGGGUGAUUGUCAAAUCUCCUCUAUCACUGCUAUAGUUCGGUUGAGUGUUCGUUCCUUUAUAUGAUUUACAAAGAUAUAUGAGAAACCCAAUAUUGAAUUAUCAGA